CCGCCGCCGUCUUUUCCGGCACCCGCCCCCUCCCCGCCCGUGGCGGACCGCAGGUCUCGGGAUCGCUCCCGAGGGGCUGCGUCCUCCGGCCCGGGUGAGUGAGCGCCCUGCCGCACCCGCGCUGUCAGCGUGCAAGAGGGUGCUCUCGGCACCUGCAACCCGCUCGGGGAGAAGGAGCGAGAGAUUGGAGAAACCUUUGUUGCCAGAGCAUCUUUGCUUUCCAGAGCCACUGUCUUCCCUAACCUCAGCUGUCUGGGGAAGGAGCAGUCCCAGGAGCUGGGUAGGGCGUUAUAUCCAGGGGCUGAGGGGUUUCGAGCCCACUGUUGUUGUCAGGGCAUUGGUUAGGACCCGCCAACUCUUCUGAGUAUCGCUGGCCUCCACACCCCUCUGUGGCUUCCUCUGCCCGCACUCAGCCAUGGCCAGCGAGAACUCUCCCCUGCUGGCCUACCGGCUCCUGGGAGAGGAGGGGGUCGCCUUCCCUGCCAGUGGGGCUGGGGGUCCUGGAGGGGCAUCUUCCCGGAAGCUCUCCACCUUCCUGGGUGUGGUGGUGCCCACGGUUCUGUCCAUGUUCAGUAUAGUUGUCUUCAUGAGGAUCGGGUUCGUGGUAGGCCAUGCCGGGCUGCUGCAGGGCUUGGCCAUGCUCCUGGUGGCCUACUUCAUCCUGGCGCUCACCGUCCUCUCCGUCUGUGCCAUUGCCACCAAUGGAGCCGUGCGGGGAGGCGGGGCCUACUUCAUGAUCAGCCGCACCCUGGGGCCGGAGGUGGGCGGCAGCAUUGGCCUGAUGUUCUACCUGGCCAACGUCUGUGGCUGUGCCGUCUAUGUGCUGGGGCUGGUGGAGGCUGUGCUCGACGUCUUCGGGGCUGAUGCGUCGGGGCCCAGUGGGCUCCGGGUCCUGCCCCAGGGCUACGGCUGGAACCUGCUGUACGGCUCCCUGCUGCUGGGCCUCGUGGGUGGGGUCUGCACGCUGGGUGCCGGGCUCUACGCUCGGGCCUCCUUCCUUACCUUCCUGCUGGUCUCCGGCUCCCUGGCCUCAGUGCUGCUCAGCUUUGUGGUCGUGGGGCCCAGGGACAUCUCCUUGACUCCACGACCUGGCCCCAAUGGCUCCUCCCUGCCGCCCGGCACUGGCCACUUCACCGGCUUCAACAGCAGCACCUUGAAGGCCAACUUGGGUGCUAGCUACGCCCAGGACUACACCACAGGGGCCAUGAUGACCUUCGCCAGCGUCUUCGCCGUCCUCUUUAACGGCUGCACGGGAAUCAUGGCUGGGGCCAACAUGUCAGGGGAGCUGAAGGACCCCAGCCGGGCGAUUCCCCUGGGCACAAUCGUUGCCGUCGCCUACACCUUCUUCAUCUACGCCCUGCUCUUCUUCCUCUCCAGCUUCACCUGUGACAGGACCCUACUGCAGGAAGACUACGGGUUCUUCCGCGCCAUCAGCCUGUGGCCCCCGCUGGUGCUGAUUGGCGUCUAUGCCACGUCACUCUCGGCUUCCAUGAGCUCACUCAUCGGUGCCUCCCGCAUCCUCCAUGCCCUGGCCCAGGAUAAUCUCUUCGGGGUGAUCUUGGCGCCAGCAAAGGUUGUGUCCCGAGGGGGGAACCCCUGGGGGGCUGUGCUGUCUUCUUGGGGUCUAGUGCAGCUGGUGCUCCUGGCGGGAAAGCUGAACACGUUGGCUGCUGUCGUCACCGUCUUCUACCUGGUGGCCUAUGCCGCGGUGGACCUGUCCUGCCUGAGCCUGGAAUGGGCCUCAGCCCCCAACUUCCGCCCCACCUUCAGCCUGUUCUCCUGGCACACCUGCUUGCUGGGAGUGGCCUCCUGCUUGCUCAUGAUGUUUCUCAUCAGUCCCGGGGCCGCCAGUGGCUCCCUGCUGCUCAUGGGCCUGCUUUCUGCCCUGCUCACAGCCCGAGGAGGCCCCAGCAGCUGGGGCUACGUCAGCCAGGCCUUGCUUUUCCACCAGGUACGCAAGUACCUGCUCCGGCUGGAUGUCCGGAAGGAGCACGUGAAGUUCUGGCGGCCCCAGCUGCUGCUCCUGGUGGGGAACCCCCGGGGCGCCCUGCCUCUGCUGCGGCUGGCCAACCAGCUGAAGAAGGGGGGCCUCUACGUGCUGGGCCACGUCACCCUGGGGGACCUGGAUUCCCUGCCCUCAGACCCCGUGCAGCCACAGUACGGGGUGUGGCUGAGUCUGGUGGACAGGGCCCAGGUGAAAGCCUUCGUGGACCUCACCCUCUCGCCCUCUGUGCGCCAGGGGGCACAGCAUCUGCUGCGAAUCUCGGGCCUCGGUGGCAUGAAACCCAACACGCUGGUCCUGGGUUUCUAUGAUGACGCGCCACCGCAGGACCAUUUCCUGAUGGACCCAGCCUUCUCCGAGCCAGCCGACGGCCCUCAGGAGGGUGGCUCCCCGGCCCUGAGCACCCUCUUCCCACCGCCCCGGGCUCCCGGGAGCCCCCGGGCCCUCAGCCCCCAGGACUAUGUGGCCACCGUGGCGGACGCCCUCAAGAUGAACAAGAACGUGGUGCUGGCCCGGGCCUGCGGGGCCCUGCCCCCCGAGCGGCUCAGCCGGCGCUCCGGCGGCACCUCUCAGCCACACCACGUGGACGUGUGGCCCCUCAACCUGCUGCGGCCCCGGGGUGGGCCCGGCUACGUGGACGUCUGCGGCCUCUUCCUGCUGCAGAUGGCAACCAUUUUGGGCAUGGUGCCUGCGUGGCACAGCGCCCGGCUGCGGAUCUUCCUGUGCCUGGGGCCCCGGGAGGCGCCUGGGGCAGCCGAGGGACGGCUGCGGGCGCUGCUGAGCCAGCUGAGGAUCCGGGCUGAGGUGCGGGAGGUGGUGUGGGGCGAGGGCGCCGGGGCGGGGCAGCCGGAGGCGGAGGAGGAGGGCGACUUCGUGAACGGCGGGCGGGGAGACGCGGAGGCCGAGGCCCUGGCCUGCAGCGCCAACGCCCUGGUGCGGGCGCAGCAAGGGCGCGGCAGGGCGGGAGGGCCCGGGGGCCCCGAGGGCGGGGAGCGGGACGAGGGGCCCGCCACCGCCCUCACCUUCCUGUACCUGCCUCGGCCACCAGCCGACCCUACCCGCUACCCCCGCUACCUGGCGCUGCUGGAGGCUCUGAGCCGGGACCUGGGCCCCACGCUGCUUAUCCACGGCAUCACCCCCGUCACUUGCACGGAUCUCUGAUCUCUAAGACGGCCCUUUCCUCGAGGGGGCGGCCCGCCUCGGUUAGUAGAGGAGGAGGCGGGGAAGCGCCUCCUCCCGCUGCCCUGGAGCCCGGUAGAGACUCAGGGGCGGCCGGGACGGGGAGCCCCCUGCCCCCCUGCACCAGGGCAGGCAGCCCCGAACUGCUGCCCGCACUGUGCCAGGGGAUGGCGGGGGCCCGCUGUCCUCUCCCCUCACCGGUGCCUUGACAGGAGGGGCUGGUUCUCCUCUUGUGACCCUAGGCUACCUCAGUUUCCCCCUCCUCCCUGACAGACUCACUGAUUCCUGAGAUUGUGAUGUUUUUGUUUUGUUUUAUUUUUCUAACUCUGCUGAACGUGAAUAAAAGACCAAACCAUUA